UUCAUAAUUAAAAUAUUACGAAUAUUAAUCUUAUUGUUAUUAUUGUAAAAAAUGUCGUUGGCAAUGAAAUUUGGACAGAAUUGAAUAUUAAGCACAAUUAUUUCUGUAAAUACCGUCACGUGACUUUCUCUUUUCCCAGCGUGGACCAUCAUGAAGGCUCGUGGUGAUUUGAAGCAGUUCAAAGUAAUCGGGCGGUCUAUGCCCUCUGAUAAGAAUCGAACACCGCCACUCUACCAGAUGCAAAUCUUUGCCCCUGACAAGUGUACUGCAAAGUCCAGAUUCUGGUACUUCGUCUGUCAGUUGAAGAAGAUGAAGAGGACACAAGGAGAAAUUGUUUCUUGUCAGGAGGUUUAUGAAAAACGACCAUUGAAAAUUAAGAACAUUGGCAUUUGGCUGAGAUACGUGUCUCGAAGUGGAAACCACAACAUGUACCGUGAAUACAGAGAUCUAACUGCUGCAGGAGCAGUUACCCAGUGCUACCGUGAUAUGGGUGCCCGUCACCGUGCCAGAACGUCGACCAUUCAAAUCAUGAGGGUUGAGGAAGUGACACCAGACAAGACACGCAGACCUGCCAUCAAACAGUUCCACGACUCGAAGAUCAAGUUCCCCUUGACCCACAGGAUCAAUGGCCGCCAACAUAGCCCAAGGUUCACCACCAACAGGCCACACACCACCUUCUAAAGACUGCUCUCUUAAUAGCAUAUUUAUGUCACGAAGUAUGUGUAAUAAAGAUGGCCUUUCAGUGGA